AUGUUCGAAAUAAGCCGAACACUCAACGCCGCUUUGUUGAGCAAUGAGCAUCUCAAGAUGAUGGCGAGGUACGGGCAGCUCUCGGGACUAGCAGCCAGUGGCGUGGGCUCCGUCCCCGAGACGCACUCGCCGCUAUUUCCCAGGGAUCUCCUGUCAUCGCCAGCCCAGAUGGGCUACAGGUCACCCCUGGGGUCGACAGAGACACAGUGGCGUCAGGCAGAGCUCCCACAGCUCCAGGGCUGGGCAGAGAAGGGAUUGCUGACACAGCCAAAGAUGAUCAUCAGUAACAUGGAGGCUCCAGUGACAAAUGGCCCCAGCGGAGGAGGCAACACAGCCAACGGGCCAACCACCAACAGCCGCGGCUGCCCCUCACCCAUGCAGACUGGCCCAACAAACGACGAUAGCAAGACCAACCUCAUUGUCAACUACCUGCCCCAAAACAUGACCCAGGAGGAGUUCCGCAGCCUGUUCGGUAGCAUCGGCGAGAUCGAGUCCUGCAAGCUGGUUCGCGACAAGAUCACAGGACAGAGUCUGGGCUACGGAUUUGUCAACUACAUCGAUCCAAAGGACGCAGAGAAAGCCAUCAAUACGUUAAAUGGACUCAGACUUCAGACCAAAACCAUCAAGGUGUCAUAUGCACGACCCAGCUCAGCCUCCAUCCGUGACGCCAACCUGUAUGUGAGCGGCCUGCCCAAGACUAUGACCCAGAAGGAGCUGGAGCAGCUCUUCUCCCAGUACGGACGCAUCAUCACCUCCCGCAUCCUCGUCGACCAGGUCACAGGUGGCUCCCGAGGUGUGGGCUUCAUCCGCUUUGAUAAGAGGAUAGAGGCUGAGGAGGCCAUCAAGGGCCUAAAUGGACAGAAGCCAUCGGGCGCUGCCGAGCCCAUCACAGUCAAGUUCGCCAACAACCCCAGCCAGAAGACCAGCCAAGCCCUUCUGUCACAACUCUACCAGUCCCCCAAUCGCCGAUACCCAGGGCCCCUCCACCACCAGGCUCAGAGGUUCAGGCUGGACAAUUUGCUUAAUAUGGCCUAUGGCGUAAAGAGGUUUUCUCCCAUCACCAUUGACAGCAUGACCAGCCUGGUUGGCAUGAACAUCCCUGGGCACACGGGCACUGGUUGGUGCAUCUUCGUGUACAACCUGUCCCCAGAUUCUGAUGAGAGUGUGCUCUGGCAGCUGUUCGGGCCAUUUGGUGCCGUCAACAAUGUCAAGGUGAUCCGUGACUUCAACACCAACAAGUGCAAAGGCUUCGGCUUCGUCACCAUGACGAAUUACGACGAGGCGGCCAUGGCCAUCGCCAGUCUCAACGGCUACAGGUUGGGCGACCGUGUCUUGCAAGUCUCCUUCAAGACUAACAAGACACACAAGUCCUGA